CGUCGCGCUUCGAUUACGUCACCACCUAGCCAACGUUAGGAGCUAAGAUGAUGGCGAUCAAAUAACAGCUGAGUUGUCAUCUAGAUAAGGAAUACUUUGCUGAAAACGCGUAUUUGUGUGAAACGUCAAGCUUAAAACACAUUAUACUGAUGUCGAAAACAUACAGCAGCCUUUUGACUACACAUGCGUUUUGUAAAACAGCUUUCACGCCCACAUUUGAUGGCUAACAGUGCGUGAACAUUAAUUUAAUUGUUAUUACGGAUCUCCAACCGCUGUCUUCGGAGAAAGCUGCUCUUCCUGGAGAGGAUUUUGGAGUUUAUUACGACGACAUCGCUGCAUCAACAUGCUUCAGGACGGUUAUGAGAUAUAAUCACUCCGCCCUUGCUGUGAGAUGUCUCUGGUUUUCCCGCGACCCUAUACCAGUGUGCUCGGCAAGAAGGACAAGCGACUCAUGGCUGAGGUGAACGCCUCCCCGCUCAAACACUUCGUCACCGCCAAGAAGAAGAUCAACGGCAUCUUUGAACAGCUGGGCGCCUACAUCAAAGAAAGCUCAGCCUUUCUGGAAGAAACCUACAGCAAUGAGGAACUGGAUCCUGUCACUACAGAGGAGCAGGUGGCGGAGGUGCGAGGGUACCUGUCCAAAGUGGCAGGGAUCGGGGAGGUCCUGUCCCGCAGACACAUGAAGGUGGUCUUCUUUGGCAGGACAAGUAACGGGAAGAGCUCUGUCAUUAACGCCAUGCUCUGGGACAAAGUGCUGCCGUCUGGAAUCGGACACACCACCAACUGCUUCCUACGAGUGGAAGGAACCGAUGGGAAUGAGGCUUUCCUGCUCACAGAAGGAUCGGAUGAAAGAAAGAGUGUUAAAACAGUGAACCAGUUGGCCCAUGCCUUACAUCAGGAUGAGGAUUUGGACGCAGGCAGUCUGGUGUGUGUCAUGUGGCCUAAAGCGAAGUGUGCGCUGCUGCGGGAUGACCUGGUGCUUGUGGACAGCCCUGGCAUUGAUGUCACAACAGAGUUGGACAGCUGGAUUGACAAAUUCUGCCUUGAUGCUGAUGUUUUUGUGCUGGUGGCCAAUUCAGAGUCCACUUUAAUGCAAACAGAAAAGUCAUUCUUUCACAAAGUGAACGAGCGCCUCUCCAGCCCCAAUAUCUUCAUCCUGAACAACCGCUGGGACGCCUCCGCCAGCGAGCCCGAGUACAUGGAAGAGGUGAGACGGCAGCACAUGGACCGCUGCACUAGUUUUUUAGUGGAUGAGCUGCGGGUGGUGGACCGCGCUCAGGCCAGCGACCGGAUCUUCUUCAUCUCUGCUAAAGAGGCUCUUCAGGCGCGUGUCCAGAAAGCCCAGGGGAUGCCUGAAGCAGGUGGUGCUCUGGCUGAAGGGUUUCAAGCGCGAAUGUUUGAGUUUCAGAACUUUGAAAGGCGUUUUGAGGAGUGCAUCUCGCAGUCAGCAGUGAAGACUAAGUUCGAGCAGCACACGAUGAGAGCCAAGCAGAUUUCUGAAGCUCUGCGUCUGAUAAUGGACUCUGUGCACAUUGCAGCUCAAGAGCAGAGGAUUCAUUGUUUCGAGGAGAAAGAGGAGAGGGAAGACAGGCUGGAGUUCAUUGAUAAACAGCUGGAUCUGCUCACUCUGGACUGCAAGAGCAAAAUCAAGAAGAUCACAGAGGAGGUGGAGAAGCAGGUGUCUAACGCCAUGGCAGAGGAGAUCCGGAGACUGGCUGUGCUAGUGGACGACUUCCACGUAGACUUUCAUCCUUCACAAGUGGUGCUCAAAGUAUAUAAGAACGAGCUGCACAAGCACAUAGAGGACGGUCUGGGCAGGAAUAUGUCUGAGAGAUGCUCCAGUGCGAUAACGGCAGCGCUGCAAAACACACAGACUGAGAUGAUAGAGGGCCUGAAGCCCCUGCUGCCCAUCGGGAUUCGAGAGCAGGUGGAUAUGAUUGUGCCCAGACAGUGCUUCGCCCUCAGCUACGACCUCAACUGUGACAAACUCUGCAGCGACUUCCAGGAAGACAUCGGCUUCCACUUCUCCCUGGGCUGGACCAUGCUAGUCAACCGCUUCCUGGGUCCCAAAAACACACUCAAUCAAGUGUGUGUUUUGUGUUGUCAGGUUCCCAGGCCUCUGGCCAUCACUCCGGUCAGCACCAGUAUGCCUCCUUUCCCUCAAGGAUCCAUGACCCAGGAAGAGCUUAUGGUUUCUAUGGUCACAGGAUUGGCAUCACUCACCUCUCGGACAUCAAUGGGCAUUAUAGUCGUGGGAGGAGUGAUCUGGAAGGCGGUGGGCUGGAGGCUCAUCGCUCUGUCUGUGGGUCUCUAUGGGCUGCUGUAUGUUUACGAGAGGCUCACCUGGACCACAAGGGCCAAAGAGAGAGCAUUUAAAAGACAGUUUGUGGAGUACGCCAGCGAGAAGCUGCAGCUCAUCGUCAGCUACACGGGAUCCAACUGCAGCCAUCAGGUUCAGCAGGAGCUGGCCGGCACCUUCUCUCAGCUCUGUCAGCAGGUGGACGUGACCAGACAGCAGCUGGACGAUGAAAUUCAGGAUUUGAACAGCAAGAUCGAACAGUUGGACGGCCUGCAGAGUAAAGCCAAGCUGCUCAGGAAUAAAGCUGGCUGGCUGGACAGUGAACUCAACAUGUUUACCCAGCAGUACCUUCAACAGGGCCGAUAGAGCUCCGUCUGAACACUGCUGCAUUUAGAAUCGAACACCUAGCCAUGCUUUCAGCAUACCAAAUAUUGCUCAUCACAUAUUUCUUUUUUUCUAUCAGUAUGCAUUUGAGAGUACAGUGACGUGCCACUUUGAAGAGAGCCUCCUUUUGUUUUGUACACAUUGUUUCUUUUGUAUUAUUUAUUCUUGAGUGAAGAGGUCAUGUAAACGGCUUGGCCUCUUUAUAGACUGUGUUAUAUUAGAGAUUUGUUAGUAUGCCACAGCAAGUUGCAACAAGUGAGAUGUCUUAUAAAUGGGCUUGACGUGCCUUGUGAUGAAUCUGACAGUGUGCUGCUGUACGGAUUUCCUCUUUGGGUUUUGUCACAACUCUGCUAUGUUUGACAUAAUGCAGUGUCUCCAUUCCACUCAGUGUGAGGUGAUCUCAGCUAAUAUAAAUAAUGAUAUUUUGGUCACCCUGUUCCUAAAAUCUUGAUCUGGCAACGUUAAAGUCUUGAAUGAAAUCAGCAAUAUUUUCUAGAACCUCUUCAAUUUCCCACCCAUAGCUGCACUGUUGUACUGUUAAAUGAAUAUUAAUAUUACAUUAGUUAUUUAUGAAUUGGAUAAGUAAACCAGAUUGAUGUAAACCUUGACGCCAGUUAUGCGUAUAACUACAUUGUACAUUUCUUGCACUAGUGUCAUGCACAUCUGAAAUGUGAUCUGAGAGAUCAGACUGUAAGUGUGUGGGAUGCACCACUAAGCUGUUAGUUCCUGCGUAUGUAUGGUCUAGUGUAUGCUAAGCUGUUUUCUGUGGAUUAUGAUGUGUGCCAAGUGUUGAAGAACAUCAUCAGGAGAAGCUCUUGUGAUGUGCACUUUAUAUUUUGCUGCUGUAAUGCAUUAAUUUCCAGAAGGUUCUUUAGGAAGAGAAAGGUAUACAGUGACCUGUUGACAGUUAUGUAUAUAGAUGAGCAUGCAAACCAUUGUAAUUUAUUGUCAUUCACUGUUACUGUUAGAUGAAAUAAAGUGACGCUGCUGAAAAAGAAA